AUGAGCGUUAGUUUGGACGGUCCGACCAAAAAGUCGUUUGGGCAAAAUGUGAUUAUUCUGACGAGAUCAAACAUUGUCAAUGUGCUGCUGCCGUUUGUGCCAAUUGGGAUUUUCGCUGGCUAUAUGGGCUACGGGGCCAUUACCGUUUUCGUGACCAACUUUUUGGGGAUCGUGCCUCUGGCCGGGCUGCUGGCGGACGCCACGGAGAUUCUCGCGGACUCUAUGGGACAGACUAUUGGCGGAUUGCUGAAUGCUACAUUCGGCAACGUCGUCGAGCUGAUCGUCGCAGUUGUCGCUCUCAAAAGCGGUGAAAUCCGUCUGGUGCAGACGUCGAUGCUGGGGUCGAUUCUCAGUAACUUGCUACUGGUGCUGGGAUGUGCGUUCGUGGCCGGCGGUUACAACCGUCUGCAGCAGUCGUUCAACAUGACUGCAGCGCAGACCAUGUCAUCGCUGAUGAUGGUGUCGAUCGUUUCGUUGCUGAUCCCGGCUGCAUUUGUGUUUGCAGUCCCCGGGGCGUUGACGAGCGACAUUGUGCGAAUUUCCCGCCAGUCGUCCAUUAUUCUGCUGCUCAUCUACGUGCUUUACCUGAUUUUCCAACUGCACACCCACCGGCAAUUUUUCGAGGGUGACACCCAGGCCGUUGAAGAAGAACGCAGGCCCGACGCAUCCUUCUCGCGUGCGGAGUGCAUUACUUUGCUGGCUAUUAUCACGCUUGCAGUUGCAGUGUCUGCAGAUUACCUUGUUGCGUCAAUUGACAGUUUGGUGGAGGUUACAGGCAUUUCAAAGACGUUUGUGGGUAUGAUUUUGUUGCCGAUCGUCGGUAAUGCCGCAGAACACGUAACAGCAAUUCUCAUGGCGAUUCGCAACAAGCUCGACCUGACCAUGAACGUUGCAGUGGGCUCGUCAAUGCAGAUCGCCCUGUUCCUGCUGCCCUUCCUUGUCGUGCUCGGCUGGUGCUUAGAUCAGCCCAUGAGCCUGUACUUCCAUGGCUUUGAAACCACAAUCAUGUUUGUGUCGGUGCUGCUGGCCAACUCGCUCAUCCAGGACGGCGAGUCCAACUGGCUCGAGGGCGUGAUGCUCAUUGGUACCUAUACAAUUAUUGCCAUGGCGUUCUUGUCCUACCCCAACAUCGAGACCGACUUCUGGUCGGCAAUUAGAAAGUAG